GCCCUACGUAGUUAUACUGCCUCAAGAUGAAGAGAAAAGCAUUUUUCCUUCCCUGCUGGUUGUUUCACCUUCUUCUACUUUUAAUCAAUGCUGUAGCCACCAAUGGUAACACAACAACAACCACAAAAAGCACCACAGCCACCUCCUCUACACCAACCACAACCAUCUCCUCUGGGUCACCCACAGCCACCUCCUCUGGGUCAUCCACAGCCACCUCCUCUGCAUCAACCACAACCACCUCCUCUGGGUCACCCACAGCCACCUCCUCUGGAUCAACUAUACCUGGGAUGGAUACAUCAUCAUCAUCAUCAUCCAGCUCCAGUGGGACUAACACAAUGACAACAACCUCCAAUGUUACCAGUGUGAGCACUGCCUCUCCAGGGACCACGGGAAGCGUGGUCAGACACUUGAGACCCUGGGCAGUUGCCCUAAUUGCACUGGCUUCUGUUGUAUUGGCUGUGAUUCUCUUCGUUGGGCUCACCGUCUCUCUUAAAAGCUCACCAUGCAUAAGAAAUCUCUUCAGCACAGACCUCUACUACCCCCAUCUCCCCCACCUUGGUUCACGCCCUUAAGGCUGUCACCGGGCCCAAAACAUGCCAAGUGUGACUGGAGCUGGUUGCAGAAACCAGUGUCUCCCUGAAACAUGGAGCUUAUUGGGAGACACAGUGUCCCUGAAUGUCCCUAAUGACAGAAGCAUCACCAUCCUGAGAGGGAGGGAGGCAGCUGACCAGGAAGACCAAGGCCCAAACUCUUCUCCUGGCUCUGUUUCAG